UAAAUUUAUACAAGGAGCUCCAUUAUCAUUCACGAUCUAUUUACAAUUAGUUAUACUUCACGUUCAAAAUGACUUCUUCCAACGUGUCAUCGGGAGUGCUCCUCUCCUCUGCUUCUUCCUCCAAUUCAUCUUCUUUAUCCUCUCAAUGGAGUUAUGAUGUAUUCUUGAGUUUUCGAGGUGAAGAUACCCGCAAUAAUUUUAUUGUUCAUCUUUAUAAAGAUUUGCGUCAAAAUGAAAUCAAUACUUAUAUGGAUAACGAGGAGCUGAGAAGAGGUGAAGAAAUUUCACUUGUACUUUUAAAGGCAAUUGAAGAAUCAAGAAUUUCGAUUAUUGUAUUUUCUGAAAAUUAUGCAUCAUCUACGUGGUGUUUGGAUGAACUGAUGAAAAUCUUAAAGUGUAAAGAAUCAAAGCAACAGAAGGUUUUACCGGUAUUUUAUAAAGUCGAGCCAUCGACAGUACGACACCAAAAAUAUAGUUUCGAAGAAGCGUUGGCUAAGCAUGAAGAAAAGUUCAAGGAUGAUGCUAAGGUUCAGAGGUGGAAGACUGCCUUAAAUCAAGCUGCCUGUCUAUCCGGUUUGCAUUUAAAGAUCAAUGAGAACGAAUCUAAAUUUAUCGAAGAAAUUGUUCAAGAGGUCUCAAAAAUAGUACUAAAUCGUACAUAUUUGCAUGUUGCCGAGUAUCCAGUGGGAAUAAACUCUCGUGUAGAAGAUAUUAAUAUGCUAUUAUGUAUUAAGGAGAAUGAUACACGCAUGAUAGGGAUUUUUGGUGUUGGAGGAAUUGGAAAAACAACUAUUGCAAAAGAGAUGUAUAACCUCAUUACUGAUCAGUUUGAAGGAAGCUGUUUUCUUGCAAAUGUUAGAGAAUCUUCAAAACAAGAUCAAGGUGGUCUCGUAAAGUUGCAACAGACAAUUCUUUCUGACAUUCUUAAAGAUUCAAGUUUGAAAGUUAGUAAUGUCGAUCGAGGAAUGAAUUUGAUAAUGGAGAGACUUUGCCGUAAAAGAAUUCUUUUGGUUCUUGAUGAUGUUGAUUGUUUGGACCAAUUAAAAAAAUUAUGUGGAAGACGCGAUUGGUUUGGUUCUGGUAGUCGAAUCAUCAUAACAACAAGAGAUGAGGGUUUACUAACUAAGCAUCAUGUUCAUUUCAAAUAUCGUAUGAAGGAAAUGGAUCAAGAUGAAGCUCUUCAGCUCUUUAGCCAGCAUGCUUUCAAAAGUGACAAACCUGAUGAUACUUUUGCGGAUGUUAUAAAACUUGCACUAAAGUGUUCUGGUGGCCUUCCACUCGCUUUACAAGUGAUAGGUUCGAAUCUAUAUGGAGAAGAUAAACAUUUUUGGAAAAGCGAAUUGGAAAAGUACAAAAGAAUUCCAGAAGAAAACAUCCACAAAAAACUCAAAAUAAGUUACGAUGGAUUAGAUGAUCUUACAAAAAAGAUUUUUCUUGACAUUGCAUGUUUCUUUAAAGGAGACGAGAGAGAAUAUGUCACUAAAAUACUGGACAGUUGUGGUUUCUAUGCCUAUGUCGGUAUCAAAAAGCUCAAUGAUAAAUGUCUCAUAACGAUUGAUCAAUAUGAUGGUAGCCAAUAUUUGAGGAUGCAUGACUUACUACAAGAUAUGGGUAGAGAAAUUGUUCGACAAGAAUCACCUGAAGAACUUGGCAAGCAGAGUAGAUUAUGGUUUCAUAAAGAUGUUCGUGAAGUACUUGAAAAAAAUAAGGGAACAGAGCAAAUUGAAGGUAUAUUGAUAGAUCUGCCUCGGGAGGACUGCAAGACACAAAUGAGUACUAAGGCGCUUGCAAAAUUAAAAAACCUCAGAAUAUUUAUAAACCGCAGUGCAAGUUUUAGUGACAGAUUGAAGUAUUUCUCUAAUGAGUUAAGAGUUCUUGAUUGGCUCGAAUGCCCUUUGGAGUUUUUGCCAUCUACUUUGCAUGGAGAGAAACUCACUGUUUUAAAAAUGCAAGGAAGCAUGAUUAGAGAUUUAGGCACGAGAGUGCUAUAUAAGAACUUAACAAGUAUAGAUUUCAGUGAAUCUAAAUACUUGACAAAAAUAUCAGAUCUUUCAAGUUGCUCAAAUCUAGAGAAGCUGAUUCUUAAUGAUUGUGAAAGUUUAGUUGAGGUUCAUGAUUCUGUUGGAUUUUUAGAUAAGCUUGUUGAAUUGAAUUUUCUAGAAUGUUCUAGCCUAAAGAAUCUGCCAAGAAGCUUUAAGUUGCGAUCUCUAAAAUUAUUUGAACUUAGAGGUUGUACAAGCCUUGAAUACUUUCCUGAAAUUGAGUGCAAAAUGGAACAUUUGAAGCAUCUCUACUUAGAAAGCACAGUAAUAAAGGAGCUAUCUUCAUCCAUUACAUACCUCAUUGGGCUCGAGCAGUUUUUUUUGAGAUGGUGCGAAAGCCUUGAGUAUCUUCCAAUAAACAUUUUUCAGUUGGAACGUCUAAUGGUAGUUCACAUCCAAGAUUGUCCAAUUUUUGUAAAUUUUGGAAAGGAGGUGGGGCAAAAUGGACAAUCCAUGCCAUGUACACAGGAAUUGCUCCCAUUGUCGCCUCCAAAAUCAAAUUUUAGUUUGUGCACAUUAAUUCUAUCUGGUAGUGGUAUUGUUAGCCUUCCUCCAUGGAUAGAAGGACUUGUUGGAUUGUCUCGCCUUGAUUUGGCAGGCUGCGAGCAACUUGAAAAAAUUCUACAACUUCCACCAAGUAUAGAAGUUGUAAAUGCUCCAAGAUGUAUAAGAUUAGUUGAGGUUCAUGAUUCUGUUGGAUUUUUGGAUAAGCUUGUUCAAUUGGAUUUUACUAAUUGUUCCAGCCUAAAGAAGUUGCCAAGAAGCUUCAAGUUGAGAUCUCUAAAAGUACUUAGACUUGAAGGUUGUACAAGCCUUGAAUACUUUCCUGAAAUUAAGAGUGAAAUGGAACAUUUGAAAUGUGUCCGGUUACAUAGCAUCGUAAUACAAGAGCUACCUUCAUCCAUUACAUACCUCACUGGUCUCAAGGAAUUAUAUUUGAAAGGGUGCAAAAGCCUUGUGCGUCUUCCAAUAAACAUUUUUGAGUUGAAAAGUCUAUGGGCAGUUAACAUCAUUAAUUGUCCAAAUCUUGUAAAUUUUGGAAAGGAGGUGGGGCAAAAUGGACAAUCCAUGCCAUGUACACAGAAAAAUGAAAUUUCAUCAGGUAAGGAAUUGUUCCCAUUGCCACCUCCCGAAUCAAAUAAUUUAUCUCGGACAUAUAAUUUCUCAUCCAGUUUGAGGAAAUUAAGUCUAUCUGGUAGUGGUAUCGUUAGCCUUCCUCCAUGUAUCAAAGCAUUCGUUGGAUUGUCUCACCUUGAUUUGAGAGGCUGCAAGCAACUUGAAGAAAUUAUACACCUUCCACCAAAUAUAGAAGAGGUAGAGGCUUUUGGAUGCGGGUUGUUGGAACACUUUCAUCAUGCUUCAUUUGGUAUGCCCAACUUAAAACGGCUAACAAAAGUUGACUUAUCGGAGUGCAAUAAAGUGAAAGUGGAUGUAGGGAAUCAGGCGCCAGAUCCAUUUUUGGUUAAGGAACGCUUUCGGUGGAAAGAUUCAAGUAGAAUUAUAUAUCCAGGAAGUAGGAUUCCAAAGUGGUUCAAGUAUUGCAAGGAGACUACUUCAUAUAGUAAUUCUAUUGAAAUAGAAAUUGAUCAUAAUGAGUUCACACGUCGAAUCGUGGCAUUAGUUUUGUGUUUUGUUCCGGUGGCUAUUUCUUAUAUUACUAUCUCAAUAGACGGCCAGCAAAUUAGAAAUGAUAUGUGGCUACGGCCUUCAAUGGACACACAUUGUGUAUGUCUACAAUACAUAGCUGGAAAUCAUAUUGAUCAGAUGUUGUCAAGAAGUUAUCGUAAGGGGAACAAUAUAAGGUUUACAUUUGGAAGUGAUUUAAAGGAAGCAAUCUUCAAAAGUGCUGGAGUCCAUUUAAUAUACAUUGAUCCAGCUUUUCAAAAGAUGCUGAAACGGAAGGAAGCUUUGAAAAAAGUAGUCCAUAUCUCUGGUUUCUCAUCAGCAAAAUUCCGGAACAAAUCUGAAUGUAUCGUGAAGAGUUUUCAAGAAGUCUCAAGCAAACUACCAAAUCGUACAUGCUUGCAUGUUGCGAAGUAUGCGGUUGGGUUGAAGUCUCGUGUAGAAGAUAUUUAUAUGUUUUUACGUAUUGAGAUCAUUAAUGAGACACGCAUGAUAGGGGUUUUUGGUACUGGAGGAAUUGGUAAGACAACUAUUGCAAAAGAGGUGUAUAAUCGAAUUGCUGAUCAGUUUGAAGGGGGUUGCUUUCUUGCCGAAGUUAGAGAAAAUUCAAAACCAGAUAAGGGUGGUCUCAUCCAACUGCAAGAGAAAAUUCUUUCUGAUAUCCUAAGAUAUCCAAAGGUUGAGGUCGAUGAUGUUGAUCGAGGAAUCAAUAUGAUACAGAAGAAACUUCAUUGUAAAAAGGUUCUUUUGGUUCUUGACGAUAUUGAUUGUUUGGACCAGUUAGAAAAACUAAGUGGAAGAUGCGAUUGGUUUGGAUUGGGAAGUCGAAUCAUCAUAACAACAAGAGAUGAGCAUCUACUAGAUAAGCAUCAUGUUCAUUUCAAAUAUCGUAUGAAGGAAAUGGAUCACGAUGAAGCUCUUCAGCUCUUUAGCCAGCAUGCUUUCAAAAGUGACAAACCUGAUGAUGCUUUUGUGGAUGUCAUAAAACUUGCACUAAAGUGUGCUGGUGGUCUUCCACUCGCUUUACAAGUGAUAGGCUCAAAUCUAUAUGAAAAAGAUAUACGUUUUUGGAAAAGCGAAUUGAAAAAGUACAAAAGCAUUCAAGAAGAAAAUAUCCACAAAAAACUCAAAAUAAGUUAUGAUGGAUUAGAUGAUCCUACAAAAAAGAUUUUUCUUGACAUUGCAUGUUUCUUUAAAGGACACAAGAGAGAAUACGUCACUAAAAUACUGGACAAUUGUGGUUUCUUUGCCUAUGCUGGUAUCAACAAUCUCAAUGAUAAAUGUCUCAUAACUAUUGAUGAACAUGACCAACUGAUGAUGCAUGACUUACUAGAAGAUAUGGGUAGAGAAAUUGUCCGACAAGAAUCACCCGAAGAACCUGGCAAGCGCAGUAGAUUAUACUUUCAUGAAGAUGUUCGUGAAGUUCUUGAAGAAAAUAAGGGAACAGAGCAAAUUGAAGGCAUAUUGAUAAAUCAGCAUUGGAAUCUGCCUUGGUUGGACUGCAUCAAUAAUUUGCGUUCUGAGGUGUUUGCAAAAAUGGAAAGACUCAAAAUAUUAAUAAUCCGCAAUGUACAUUUUUAUGGCGAAUUGAAUUAUCUCUCUAAUGAGUUAAGAGUUCUUGAUUGGCCUGAUUGCCAUUUGGAGUUUUUGCCAUCUUCUUUUCAUGGAGAGAAACUCAUUGUUUUCAAUAUCAGAGGAAGCAAUAUUAGAGAUGUAGGGACAAGUUUGCAAUCUAAGAACUUAACAAGUAUAGAUCUCAGUGACAGUCACAACUUGACAAAUAUAUCGGAUCUUUCAAGUUGCUCAAAUCUAGAGAAGUUGAUUCUUGGUAGAUGUGGAAGUUUAGUUGAGGUUCAUGAUUCUGUUGGAUUUUUGAAUAAGCUUGUUGAAUUGAAUUUUACUAGUUGUUCCAGCUUAAAGAAGUUGCCAAGAAGCUUCAAGUUGAGAUGUCUAGUAUUACUUGAACUUGGAGGUUGUACAAGCCUUGAAUACUUUCCUGAAAUUGAGUGUGAAAUGGAACAUUUGAAGCAUCUCUGGUUAGAAAGCACAGUAAUACAAAAGUUACCUUCAUCCAUUACAAACCUCACUGGGCUCGACAAGUUAUAUUUGGAAGGGUGCAAAAGCCUUGUGCAUCUUCCAAUAAACAUUUUUCAAUUGGAAAGUCUAAAGGAUGUUUCCGUCAAAUAUUGUCCAAAUUUUGGAAAGGAGGUGGGGCAUAAUGGACAAUCCAUGCCAUGUACACAGGAAAAUGAAAUUUCUUCAAGUAUGGAAUUGCUCUCAUUGCCACCUCUGGAAUCAAAUAAUUUAUUUAAUUUCUCAUCCAGUUUGAGGAAAUUAAGUCUAUUUGAUUGUGGUAUUGUUAGCCUUCCUCCAUGCAUCGAAGGAUUUGUUGGAUUGUCUAAACUUAAAUUGAGAUUCUGCAAGCAACUUGAAGAGAUUCUACACCUUCCACCAAAUAUAGAAGAUGUAAAUGCCAGUGGAUGUUCCAACCUAAAGAAUUUCUUACCAGAAUCAAAUAAUUUAUCUCAGACAUAUAAUUUCUCAUCCAGUUUGAAGACUUUAAAUCUAUCUGGUAGUAGUAUUGUUAACCUUCCUCCAUGCAUCGAAGGCUUUGUUGGAUUGUUUAAACUUAAUUUGACAUUCUGCAAGCAACUUGAAGAAAUUCUACACCUUCCACCAAAUAUAGAAGUGGUAGAUGCCAGUGGAUGUUCCAGCCUAAAGAAUUUCUUACCAGAAUCAGAUAAUUUAUCUCAGACAUAUAAUUUCUCAUCCAGUUUGAGGACUUUAAAUCUAUCUUGUAGUGGUAUUGUUAACCUUCCUUCAUGCAUCGAAGGAUUUGUUGGAUUGUUGGAACUUAAUUUGACAUUCUGCAAGCAACUUGAAGAGAUUCUACACCUUCCACCAAAUAUAGAAGUGGUAGAUGCCAGUGGAUGUUCCAGCCUAAAGAAUUUCUUACCAGAAUCAGAUAAUUUAUCUCAGACAUAUAAUUUCUCAUCCAGUUUGAGGACUUUAAAUCUAUCUUGUAGUGGUAUUGUUAACCUUCCUUCAUGCAUCGAAGGAUUUGUUGGAUUGUUGGAACUUAAUUUGACAUUCUGCAAGCAACUUGAAGAGAUUCUACACCUUCCACCAAAUAUAGAAGUGGUAGAUGCCAGUGGAUGUUCCAGCCUAAAGAAUUUCUUACCAGAAUCAGAUAAUUUAUCUCAGACAUAUAAUUUCUCAUCCAGUUUGAGGACCUUAAAUCUAUCUUGUAGUGGUAUUGUUAACCUUCCUCCAUGCAUCGAAGGAUUUGUUGGAUUGUUUGAACUUGAUUUGACAUUCUGCAAGCAACUUGAAGGAAUUCUACACCUUCCGCCAAAUAUAAAAAUGGUAGACACUACAGGAUGCAAAAAAUUGGAAGUGGUUGUAGGGAAUCUUGCGCCUAUAUUAUGGAAUUGAAGGAUGCUAAUGAUGAUUUAAUUAUUGAAGAUUUGGAUUUAGAACUUCGACUUCGGAAUUGAUCCAAGUUUAGAAAGGAAUUGAAGUUGUGGAAGGAAUCGAAGUUGGGGGAAAGAACUGUAACGGUAACAGACUUGCAGCAAUCUGUUUUUUUUAUUUUUACAUUCUGAGAAAUUUUUAUUUUUCUUUAGUUUCAUUUUAAAUAUUACUUGGAUGUUUUUUUACAUUCAUUUUCUUUAGUUUCAUGAUAUGAGGUUUACAUUUGAAAGUGAUUCAAAGGAAGCAAUCUUGCAAAGUGUCGGAGUCCAUCUAAUAUUCAUUAUUCAACUUUGGUGAGCAUGACUUGGAACCCACAACAGAAGAGGCGGAGAUCUUCAGCCAGCUCAUUAUGGAAAUUCAAGGAUGCUAAUGAUGAUUUAAUUAAUGAAUAUUUGGAUUUAGAACUUACACUUGGCAAUUGAAGUUCAGAAAGGAAUCAAAGUUGCAGAAGGAAUCAAAGUUGGGAAAGAAUUGUAACCAUAACAGACUUUAAUGGAUGCUUGUGGAUCGAAUUUGCAGCAAAGAAAUGCAGCCAGUAGAGAAUAUGGGACUAGAUGGUUUCAUUGAUGUGGACUUGCUCGCGUUACUGUCGAAUUUGAGAACUAUAAGCUUUAUAAAGAACAACUUUGAUGGCCCAUUGCCAGAUAUAAAGAAACUCAGUGCAUUAAGGUCUUUGUAUUUAUCAAACAACAAUUUUUCUGGGGAGAUUCCUUAUUAUGCUUUUUCGGGUAUGCUGCGGUUGAAGAGAGUGCAUUUGGCCAAUAAUCAGUUUGCUGGUAGUAUUCCUACAUCAUUGAUAACUUUGCCAAAGCUUUUGGAGUUAAGGCUUGAGGAUAACCAUUUUGAUGGUCAGAUACCAGAUUUUCAACAGUAGUCAUUGAAUUAUUUUAAUGUAUCGGGCAAUGAAUUGGAGGGUCCAAUUCCAAAUAGCCUUAGUGGGAUGGAUUCAAGCUCCUUCUCUGGGCUUCAUUGGCAUCUAGCACUUUCCACUCUAAUGAAUAAUAGUGGUCUUCAUCAACCACAAGAGGCAACCAUCUUUAUUGACAAAGGCUCCAGUACAGCCAUCAAACUUGCAAAAGAAAUCAGGCAUAAAGGAAUCGAACGAAUCAGGGAAAGACUCAACAAACCGCAGUGGAAAUACCAAGAAGGUUGAGGGUGUGAAGCUGACCUUUGUCAGGGAAGAUAGGGAGAAGUUUGAUAUGCAGGAAUUGCUUAAAGCCUCAGCUGAGAUAUUGGGCAGUGGAUCCUUUGGGUCUUCUUACAAGGCUGCCUUGCACAAUGGACAGGUGAUGGUUGUGAAGCGGUUCAAACAAAUGAAUAAUUUGGGGAAAGAGGAGUUCCAAGAGCAUAUGAGCAAGCUAGGGAGGUUGAGAACCAUUAGUGUAUGGCUCGGCUCCUUCACUUGAGGACCAUUAGUUCAGCGCCAAGACAACCUACACAGCCCUUUGUUCAUGCCAGUUGCUUUUCCAUUCCUCCUCUGUUUUGUUCAAACCACAAGUCGGCAACUUAUGGCCAUUAAUUGGUCUCCCUCUUUUAAUUCUGUCCAAAACUGUAGCAUAGCAGCAAACUAUUUCUGCAACGCGUUUCCUCCUCUAAAUUUAUGCAAUUGACUCCUUCCUACUA